AUCAGGCAUUAGAAAAGAGAGAUCAGCGAAGUCCUUUGGACUUGAUCAGCUUAAUAUAGGAGCUACUGAUUUCAUCUUCUUCAGCCCAACGCUCUGAAGCAAUGAAGUACACAAGUUCCAUCUUUGCUCUCCAGCUCUGCAUCGUGCUGGCUGUUUCUAGCUGCCACUGUGAGCCAGUAUUUACAAAAGAAAUAGACUUUCUGAAGAAAUAUUUUAAAGCAGAUAACUCGGAUGUAGGAGAUAACGGGACUCUCUUCGUAGACAUUUUGAAGAAUUGCCAAGAGGAGAGUGACAGAAAAAUAGUUCAGAGCCAAAUUGUCUCCUUCUACUUCAAACUCUUUGAAACAGUUAAAGACAAUCAGACUGCCCAAAGGAACGUAGAUAUCAUCAAAGAAAACAUCAUUGCGAAAUUCUUCAGCAACAACUACUACACCCUGGAGGCCUUCCAAAACCUGACUCGAAUUUCAGUCAAAGAUGUGCACGUUCAGCGCCAAGCGAUCAUUGAACUCAAAAAAGUGAUGGACGACCUGUCACCAAGGCAGAGGAAGCGCAGGAGGAGUCAGAUGCAGUUUCGGAACCGGAGAGCGUCCAAAUAAGAGUCGUGCAGCCCAUAAUAGUUGAAUUUUUAAAUCAAAAUCUAUUUAUUAAUAUUUAAAAUUAUUUAUAUGGAGAGUAUAUUUUUACUCGUUGAUCAAAGAAGUAUUUAAUAGUAACUUUAAUGUAAUGAAAAUGAAUAUCUAUUAUCUAUUAAUAUAUGCGUUAUUUAUAAUUUGUGUCUAGUUUUAUUCCUUGUGUCCCUUUAUCCUUUCUGACUAAUUAGGAAGACUGUGUGAUGAUAUAGCUCUACCUUGGGGGCCAGCUAAGCAGCUGAGCAAGACCCUGUGGGUUGUGUAUUUAUUUCAUUUGAUGAUACAAGAAACACUUACAGAUAAAAGAACACCACCUAGGUGCUGCCUAUCUUAGAACAUGUCUGCGUUCUGAGCCAGUGCUUUAAUGGCACGUCAGGCAGCCCUUGAAUAUGUCAGGUGAUAUGGCCUGGCCCCUGGUAAAAACACAGCAUCUCAGGAGAUUUCACACCUGGUGCUUCCAAGUACUGAUGACAACUGUGAUUGAACCCAAAUGGAAAGUAACUCACUUUUUAGUUUAUCAAUU